AAAUCAGGAAGUGUGAGAGAGCUGCUAGCCGCUGGGAGGCAGCUGAGUGUUCACAGGGAGGCAGGGGGGCAACCCUUAGCUCUCAGCUCUCCUAGCUUCUCAGGUGGCACUCAGUCACUUCCACUGGUCCAGUCUUUGGGUCCUCGGGGCCCGUAACCACGAGCAUGUUAUGGGCACUGACCAUGGAUGACAGCGAGCCCUGAAGGCUCUGGGGGUGCCACCCAAUCCCACAAGCCUGCAUGCCCCGCAGCCGAGAUGGGCUCAACUCCUGGACUUGCUACAGACAGAAAACAUAACACACACUUGACAGAGAGAGUCUCUGCCUGAUCCAGGGCUGCUCCAAGCACAGGGCAGAAGGUGGCUGGCCAGCCAAAGGCAGGAGAUGCAGAGCACCGUCAAUUAUCUGUGGCACACGGACGACCUGCUGGGGCAGGGAGCCACUGCCAGUGUGUACAAGGCUCGGAACAAGAAAUCUGGGGAGCUGGUUGCUGUGAAGGUCUUCAACACCGCCAGCUACUUGCGACCCCGGGAGGUGCAGGUGAGGGAGUUUGAGGUGCUGCGGAAGCUGAACCACCAGAACAUCGUCAAGCUCUUCGCUGUGGAGGAGACGGGGGCCAGCCGGCAGAAGGUGCUGGUGAUGGAGUACUGCUCCAGUGGGAGCCUGCUGAGUGUGCUCGAGAGCCCCGAGAACGCCUUCGGGCUGCCGGAGGAGGAGUUCCUGGUGGUGUUGCGCUGUGUGGUGGCUGGCAUGAACCACCUGAGGGAGAAUGGCAUCGUCCACCGGGACAUCAAGCCAGGGAACAUCAUGCGCCUCCUGGGGGAGGAGGGGCAGAGCAUCUACAAGCUGACGGACUUCGGGGCCGCCCGGGAGCUGGAUGACGAUGAGAAGUUCAUCUCAGUCUACGGGACUGAGGAGUACCUGCACCCGGACAUGUAUGAGCGGGCAGUGCUUCGGAAGCCCCAGCAGAAGGCAUUCGGGGUGACUGUGGAUCUUUGGAGCAUUGGGGUGACCCUAUACCAUGCAGCUACCGGCAGCCUUCCUUUCGUGCCCUUUGGUGGGCCCCGGCGCAACAAGGAGAUCAUGUACCGGAUCACCACAGAGAAGCCAGCUGGGGCCAUCGCAGGCACACAGAGGUGGGAGAACGGGCCCCUGGAGUGGAGUUACGCCCUUCCUAUCACCUGCCAGCUGUCGACGGGGCUGCAGAGCCAGCUGGUGCCCAUCCUGGCCAACGUCCUGGAGGUGGAGCAGGCCAAGUGCUGGGGCUUCGAUCAGUUCUUUGCGGAAACCAGCGACAUCCUGCAGCGCGCUGUCGUGCACGUCUUCUCCCUGCCGCAGGCCGCCCUGCACCAUGUCUACAUCCACGCCCACAACACGGUAGCCAUCUUCCUGGAGGCUGUAUAUAAGCAGACCAACGUGGCCCCCCAGCACCAAGAGUACCUCUUCGAGGGUCACCUCUGUGUCCUUGAACCCAACCUUUCAGCACAGCACAUUGCCCACACGACAGCAAGCAGCCCCCUGACGCUGUUCAGCAUGGCCAGCGAGACCCCCAAAGGGCUGGCCUUCAGGGACCCUGCUCUGGACAUCCCCAAGUUCGUGCCCAAAGUGGACCUGCAGGCAGAUUACAACACUGCCAAGGGUGCGAUGGGUGCCGGCUACCAGGCCCUGCGGCUGGCACGGGCCCUGCUGGCCGGGCAGGAGCUGAUGCUUCGGGGGCUGCACUGGUUUGUGGAGAUGCUCCAGGCCACUUGCAGGCGGACACUGGAGGUCACACGGACAUCACUCCUCUUCCUCAGCAGCAGCCUGGGACCCGAGAGGCUCAGCAACAUGGCUAGGAUGCCCGAGAUCGAAGAACUGAAGAGGGCCACAGAGCUGAGGUCCACGCUGCGGGCUUUGGCCGAGGUCCUCUCCAGAUUUUCCCACAAUAUGACAGAGACCCAGACGAACCUGAGUAGCCUGAGCUCAGAGCUGGGGAAGAACCGGGAUCAGGUACAUGAGGACAGAAGGUCUGUGGGAUUUACCUUCUUGGUGGGGCAGGGGUGGGGGCAGGGUGUACAGCUCGAAAGGUCCAGAAGCCUUUUUAGGCAUCAGCCUACUUUCUCCCUUUUCUUGGCAAUGGCUCUGGGGCAGGGGAUGGUGAUGGGGAAUCUGGGAAUGCACGAGACCCUCUCCCAUUUCUGUCUGUUUCCUUCAGGGCUUGGCUACAACGAGGAGCAGAUUCACAAACUGGAUAAGGUGAAUUUUAGUCACUUAGCCAAAAGGCUCCUGCAGGUGUUCCAGGAGGAGUGCGUGCAGAAGUAUCAGACAUCCCUAGUCACGCAUGGCAAUCGGAUGAGGUUGGUGCACAAGGCCAGGAACCACCUGCGCCUGGUCGGCUGCUCCGUGGCUGCCUGCAACACAGAAGCCCAGGGGGUCCAGGAGGGCCUCAGCAAGAUCCUUGACGGGCUAUCUCACCAGCUACUUCAGGACAGAACAAAGGGGGCUCAGGCCUCACCACCCCCCGUAGCAACUUAUGCCAGUCCUGCCCUAAGGGACCUAGGUGUCCACAUGGAAAAGCUCUAUGAGGAGAUGAAGCUGCUGGCCUUUGACCUCCAGGACAACAACCGCAUCAUUGAAGGGUUAAGUAGGGUCCAAUCGGCUCCUGAUGUCUGAGCUCCUUGGCGUGCACGCGGCAUCCUGAAGCAUUAGAAUCAUUCGAACACUGUGCUCCUGCCUACACUGUGGGACCCAACACAGGAUGAUACCUGGUCCCGUCUCAUCAGCCUACCUCCCUCCUGGCCAACAGCUGGGAGAUGUCACCAGCAUUACCUUCCACUGCCUUUCUGCAGGAAGCAGCACACAGGACCUGGGGCACCAGACAGUCUCUGUCAGGACCUACUUACUGCCUGUGCUGAACUUUAUAUUUUAUGUGGGCUCAGGUACGGCUCCUCCAGCACCCUGGCAUGCGCAGCUGAACCUGGCCGGGCCAUGGGGAGAAGAGGCAUCAAGAGCCUCUCACCCACCCCUCUGGUUUACAGGGCUUCGCUCCUCAGGGAACAGACGACAAGACCUCCUGGGGUUUGGAUCAAACAACCUAAUCUCAGUCUUCCUUCCUCUCAAGGUGUUUCUUGUUGGACAUACAGCUCUCUCCCCUCUCCUGUAAUUUCUGAGGGUUACCACACUCGGCCACAGCUAUCACAGAGCCCAAUUCUCCUUCUGCUCUUGGUCUGGCUGAGCCUAAGCUGGAGAGAAUGGGUGGCGGAGGCCGGAUGCCGCUGUCCAGGGCCCAUUCCCUCCUCUCUCCCUCUGAGGCACUGCCAGGUUUUGGGAUAUGCAGCCAGCUGGGGUCGAUAGUAGCCAUGCAAUUAGCACAGGCCUGAGAGUCAGAGUUUUGAGAUAAAAGUCCUGCACCUUGAAGAAAUGGAAUAAACGUGGGCUUCUUUUUUAUUUCCAAGGGGCUCUUACUGGGCCGUAUGUGUCGCAGGGGAAGGACCUUGGCUGGGUGUGCUUGGCUUCCCAGCAGGCACAGGGGUGGGACCUGUGAGGAGAAGGAUGGGGAAAUGGAGAUGGGACUGGUCACUUCCUGAUUGCUGCCUUUCCCCUAAAUGGGCCCUAACUUCAGGGAAAAGCUCAAGAGGGGUGGCCCCCAGCGGGGAGGGCUUGCCUUCCUAUUCUGUCUCUUCUCUUGACUCCUGUCAUUUGGGAAGCUGUAUAAUGGGCCUGAAACUUUGGGAAAAAGAAGUUCUUUUUUUAUUAACCUCAAA